ACAUUUUAUUUUUGUCAUAUCUUACAUAGUCGAUACAAGAAAUAAUUCAUACUUAUUUUUAAUUUAGACUCAUUAUUUUAUUAUAAAGAUAUGCAAUAAUUUGUUCCUUUUGCAAUGUCAGUCUUCGAUGGAGAAAUUGAGUUUCAAUCGGUUUAUAUGGUUGAUUAUGCGAAAAAAAAUAAACCGAAAAGUCCCCGUCGCAAAGCAGUAGAUGAUAACUGCUUGAUUGUAGGAUUGAGCAGAGACGCACUCAAAAGUAAGGACGCCCCCCGACGUUGCCCGGACAUCCUCUGUCCUAUUGAACAUGAAUUCUACAAGAAAUCCGUAGAGAGAUUCGCAGAAGACUAUCCAAAGCUAACGAAGAAGUACAUGUCAAAAGACAUCGACCCGACGCCGAUAGAACAUGAGAUACAGGAUCUCAAAAGGACCGAAUACUUGACUAAGUAUUGCUCUAGAGAAUUGCCAUUCAUGUCGGUGAAUCUGGCACGCCGGGCUCGUGCGCUGCAAACCCUGCGCCUCCCUGACGAUAUUUACAUCCCGGACACCAGUAACCUCAGUUCUUACCGCCACCCUAAACCAGAGAAAUACGCAGAGCAUCCCUCUGCCAUGUCUAUGAAGCCGAAGUUUGACCAAUCAUUGCAGAAGGAACUUCGACGCAUCCUGCGCGUGCGCACUGGCGAUACGACAUAUGGCGCGUGCCACGGGUUACUCGGCCAAGUUGUGCUAGAGAAGAAUCCCUUCGGACCGCCCCGCGAGGAACCCAAAUAUGGAAGAUGGCUGAACCCUUACAUUUAUACAUACAGGAUUUAGUGCAAUAAAUAAUUAACUAUAGUCUGUUUCAGAGUUUCAAAAGAACUUAAUAAUUACCUGGUUAACUUUAAUAAUUACCAGUCUAAGACAGUCUGUUGAUAUCCAACAGUAGUACAAAUAAAGAACCGGUUAAUACCGGUUUAAUUUACGUGUGAAUUUAAUAUUUUUCACAGCCGCUCAAUAUGAAGGAUCACGAUUUGAUCUUGAAACUAGUCGAGCAUUCUCGAUCUAAUUACAUGUAAGUUAAACCGGUAUUUAUUACAUUAAAAUAUAAUGUACACUUACGAAACAUUUAACAAUAGAACUAUAAUAUUUUUUAAAAUAACUGGAAUUAAUUAAAUCAAUGUUUUAAUUUGUUAUUAAAUUAAUUUGGAAAUUGUUUAUGUAAUAAUAAAAUUUCAACAAAAUUUAAUUACUUUUCCGUUGAAUUCUGUUAAAACAAAUUAUAUAAAUAAAUAUGAAACGAAACGAUAUUU